AGCGCUCCCAGUAUUCCUUUUCAGAACGUCUGGCGGGCACAAACAUCGGCCCAUUCUGAUUACGGGCAGUUCGGUCUCCUUAUACAUUCUCCAUGUAUUAUACUUUGCCUGGUUUCACGUGGGACGCCAUGCUGAAACACACGCGCGUAAAUUUCGAGCUGCUCACAGACAUCGACAUGGUCAUGUUUGUGGAACGCGGUAUACGCGGUGGUUUGAGCCAGUGCUCGAACAGGUACGCUCGAGCCAAUAACAAGUACAUGCAGUCUUACGAUCCAUCGAAACCAUCCUCGUACCUGAUGUACUUUGAUGUCAAUAAUUUGUAUGGUUGGGCGAUGUGUCAACCACUACCAUAUGCAAAUUUUCGAUGGAUCGAAGAUAUUACGAAUUUCGACGCGAGCGCAAUCGCUGCGGACUCAUCGACAGGUUCCAUUCUCGAGGUCGAUCUCGAGUAUCCGCAGCAUCUUCACGACGCACACAUUGACCUACCGUUCUGUCCAACACGCGAUAAGCCACCCGGCAAGCGGCAGGAUAAACUUCUCGCGACAGUGUAUGAUAAGAAGCGUUACGUCAUACACUAUCGCAACCUGCAACAGUGCACGCGUCAUGGGCUUCGCGUGACAAAGAUACACCGUGUAUUGGAGUUUUCGCAAUACCCACGGCUCCGCGAUUACAUCGAGCUUAAUACUCAGUUUAGAACACGUGCGACAAACUAUUUCGAAAAAAAUUUAUACAAAUUAAUGAACAACGUGGUAUUUGGCAAAACGAUGGAAAAUGUACGGAAUCAUGUCGACGUUAAACUUCUAACAAAGUGGGAUGGUCGUUACGGUGCGGAGGCAAUGAUCUCGAAACCAAAUUUUCACAGUCGCAGCAUCUUUUCAGAAAAUUUAAUCGCCGUGGAAUUGCGAAAACUCGAGGUGAAAUUCAACAAGCCAAUCUACGUGGGUAUGUGCAUCCUCGACAUAUCCAAGAUCUGCUUGUAUGAAUUUCAUCAUGAUUAUAUUACCGAUGUAACGUGAGCAAUGUAAAAUCAUGUAUACCGGAUACCGACAGUCUCAUAUACCACAUCGAGUGCGAGGAUUUAUAUGAGACGAUGAAACGCGAUAUACAUAUACGAUUCGACACGAGCGAUUAUUCUGCAGACAACGCGUACGAUAUACCGCUUGUAAAUAAGAAAGUGCCUGGUUUAAUGAAGGAUGAAAAUAACGGGGCGAUCAUGACCGAAUUCGUGGGACUCAGAGCG